UUUAUUUUUAUAUUUUACAUUUUCAGAUCACACUUCUUAGAUGAUAAUGUCACAAGAGCUUGAUGGACAACUAAUUAGAGGUCGCGCAGUUGCGGAAAACCUCGAUAAAGCGUAUGACCGCUGCCAAAUGGACGCCCUUCUUAAACAAAGCAACACUGACCCUUCAAAAACCGACCUUUGUCAAAUGGUUAAACAAGGGCAAACAGUUAUUCGUUGUCUUGACAAUGAGAGUUCAAGGAACGAUCUCGACACUCUCAUAAAGGAGUCCAAACAGCUGUUUGGACGACCAACCCUGAAUGGCCCAAAGGUCCAACAAAUGAUGACAAAGAAAAAAAUGACCCAGUCCAGAUUCAAAGUCAGAAGGAAAACUAAAGAGAAAUCAUGUCUUCAAAGAGGAAAACCUUCUACGUCACAUGAUGCAAGAGUCAACAAAUCAAAGGCUGGUCCAAAGGCAACAGAAUUGCUUCAAGACCAGGGUCCAGAUCAUGAGUCUCUUCUACACGAGUUACAAGACUUGCUGUCAGCUGCUUCUUCUAACCUUAAUUCUGAGAGCACACAACCAUCAGCAUCACUGCAUUGGGGUAAAAGGACAUUAGCUGCAUCAGAAAGAUGGAGGGAGGCUAGACCAUCUUUAAUCGGCAACAGACUUGCAACAGAACAUAUCGACAUGCAGAUGUGUUCAGAGUGCAAGGCAAAAGUGGCGGUGGUAAAGUGUAAAGACUGUCUGCCUAAGCAGUAUACCUGCAUUGAUUGUGACUGUGCUGUUCACCACACACAAGUACUUCACAACAGAAGCACAAUGAUUUCAGGUUUCCACAAGGCUGUACCACCAACCACAGUGGUGAAACAGGACUCUAAUGGGCAAUAUUCUCACCAUCAUGAAGAUCGACUCUUACCAAUGGCACUUCCAAAGAAUAUAUGCAAUUGUGGAGAGGACAUGUGCUGUGUUGGUGUAGGGAGGGCCAUUACUCUAGUCAACAUGAAGGGUCGCUACGACCUGUCAUUGCCCAAUCUGCACUGUCGAAAAUGCAAAGAAACAUGGAUGCCAGGUGUGUUCGAAUUGCAGAAGAGUGGCUACUGGCCUGCAACCCUGAACUUUUGCACCAUUUAUGAUGAGGAAGUCUUCAUGUCCUUUGAAGACUUGAAAAUGGCUGCUCCAGGAUUGUCUCGUUUAGCAUUCAUGCGAAUGCUUGACAUGAAGACGGUGCAUUAUGGCAGAAAUGGCACUUUAUGUGGUGAUACAUUUUUGAAGAGCUUUUUCGAAUGGUCCAUAUGCCGUUAUGAGGUUGACAAGAUCUGCAGUGAACAACAUUUCACGUGCCCAGCUUGUACCCCUCUAAUGCUGGCAGUUGCUGUGGAUGGUAAUAGAAAACUUCACCGUUUUAAAAAGGCUGGGAAUUCAGAAGGCUCUGGCUACUUCGACGGGUUGUUUCUAUGCAAAGAUGAGGAUGUUUCAUCUUUUGUUCAAUAUAUCCGUGAAAAAGUGCAACAUGUGGGAGGCAAAGGUGUUUGUGGUUCUGCAGAGUUUGCAGCUGCCAAAGAGUCUUCCAGAAAGACCAGCAGUAAACUGGAUGAGGAGGGCAUUGAAGUUGCUGUCUGUCGGCAUGGUGUUCUUUUGAGGGCACUCAAUAUGUUCAGAGGAGAGAUCUAUGCCUAUCCUUUGUACUUGCAGAAAGAACUCUGCACAGAAAAUUCAACUUUCUUUUGUGCUGACAUCAUGUGCAAAUACUGGCCAUACUUAAUUAAAGUGUGCCAGGCCUGCCCGGAACUGAGACCUCUUCUGACCAUGAAGCCAUUCCUCUCAGUUAUGCAUGCGAAAGUACAUGGCAUAAAAUGCGAGAUAAAAUGGAGUGGAAGCUUCCAAACGGGUGCUGCAUAUACCAUGGGAGAAGAAGUAGAACAAGCGAAUAGCUUUUUAUCAAGGAUUGGUAUAAGCACUAAGUUUAUGUCCAAAGGAGGACGCACAGAUUUGCUCACGUUGCAGUGUAUGGGGUGGAACAAAAUGAAGGUGCAAAAUCUGUGCCAAACUCUUUGCACAAGAUACCAAAAGACUCAGCAGAAUCUCAAAAAAGAGACUGAAAGCCUACAUGAAAUGAAAACCGAACUGGCUGUAGAUGAUGGCGUACUCCAUCAGUGGGUCACAGAUGUACAGGAGUGGGCACACACUACAACUGUUAGGGACUGUGAUGCUACAAUUCAGCCAAUAAGGAACACAAUAGAAGAAUUGUCUUUGUGCAUUAAACAACGGAAGCAUCGUCUUUACAGACACACUGCUACAAACAAAGGACGAAAUAAAAUAAGAAGAAAAAUAAACGAGGAGAGAAAGAAGCUGGCUUCUGCAGUUGAGCAGCACAAUGCCCUUGCUGACCCUUCCACUAACAUUGUGUCUGUCGAGGAGGUCCUUCAAAAUGACUAUGUUUUCCCCUGGCAGCUAACAGUGCCAGAUGAUGUCAACCUCUUAACAAAGAAGAAGGUCUUUGACAAGGUGAUGCUAAUUCGACGACUAGAGGAAGAAAAGAUCAUCCUUGUUCAAGAGGCAAAGCAGCACUGGCUUUAUCUAAGAAGUCAGGAACAAAAACUGAGCAGUUUGCUUGAUAGCAUCAUUUCAGGUGUUAACCCCUGGAAUCUUCCAGAUGAUGGGAUUCAAGGACUUCGGUGUGUGUUGCAGAGAAAAUUACAUCAGCUAAGAGCACACCAGGACACUGUUAACAUAAGUUAUCAAGCAAUAGACAGCAUCACGCAACACAUUGCUGUUGAAGAAUGUGAUUAUGGAAGCUGGCCAGAACACCUGGAAGCCCUUUACUCAAGCAGUACUGAUCAGAGCUCUGAUGAAGAUGACUAACUUCUGCUGUAGUUAUUAAUGUACAUUGCAUGUUGUCUGUCUUUCUCGCUUCAUAUGUUCUCCCAUUCUUUUUCUCCAUAUUUAUGUUUCCUUGCUCUUACUA